AUGUCACCCACCACUGCCCCUAUCCCCUCCCAAAGCCGCCUCUCCACGCGGAUCUCCCUGCGCUGGCCCCCGGCCCCCGCUUUCGAAAACACCAACACAAUCGUCAUGUCCGUAGCGGGGUGGUACGUCGACCUCCGCAUCGACCAAGCCACCACAACCAUUGACUGGGCCAUUGCUGGUCAACGCGUCGUGGAUCCAACUGAUUCCACCCGCGUACAAUUCACACACGAGCUGGACUCACGCAACUCCUUCGAUGACGUCGACUGUGGGACUUUCUCCACGCUCCCGAACGGGGACGACCUGGAGAAAGGGUCGAUGCCUCGGGCGGAUCUACCCGGCAAACCUGUCUGCGAGUAUGAGGAGGUGUGGCGGGAGUUGGAGUUCCGGCGGGGGCCUGAGGGGCCGUCGAGGGGGGUUUCGUGGGUCUUGGAGUCGCGGACUGGUUCUGAUCUUAAGGAGGGUGAGGAGGGCGUUGUGACUCGGACAUUCAUUGGUCGGGUGUGGGGGACGUAUCUCGCUCUCCGGCAGGUUCAGAAACAUGUUCGAUCGCCUGGUUCGGAUGCUACUGUUGUCAAGGAUGGAGGGGAAGUGAAUGCCCUCCGGGAAGAGUGGGAUGCUACUGAAGGAUGGAGCACCAAGUACAAUGUCGGUGCGGAAGUGCAGCAAUUGCCAUCGAUGAAGGACAUUCCUGACGCACAGGGAUGGACAACCGGACAGACUAUCACAAUUGCCGGAGUGCAGUUUACGGUACGCGCUUUUGAGGAAAAUAGUGUAUGA